ACUUGAGAAGCCUAUAUAAAUAAGCAUCAACAGCACAUGUGUAAACAAUGCAAGGAUCAGGUGGGGGAUACACAGCCAUCUGAAACAGCAGCAAUAGCAGAAUCACUUCAAGUUUCAUCAUCCAAACUAAAGCAGAAGAAAUGGAAUCAGCUGCGUAUGAGGCCGCCAUUGCAGGACUAAAGAAACUUCUCAGUGAAAAUGACCAUCUUGGUGAUCUUGCCAUUGCUAAGAUCAAGCAAUUAACAGCUGAGUUGGAGGUCACCGACAAGUUUGACCCUGUUGAAAAGAUUCAGAAUGGGUUUGCGCAGUUUAAAAAAGAAAUCUACGAGAAGAAUCCUGAUUUGUUCGAUGAACUUGCCAAGGGCCAGAGCCCUAAGUUCUUGGUAUUUGCUUGUUCAGAUUCGCGAGUUUGCCCCUCACAUAUCCUCAACUUUCAGCCAGGGGAGGCCUUUAUUGUCAGAAACAUCGCGAACAUGGUCCCUCCAUUUGACAAGACAAAGUAUUCUGGAGCUGGGGCAGCAAUUGAAUAUGCAGUAUUGCACUUGAAGGUAGAGAAUAUUCUGGUCAUUGGACAUAGCUGUUGUGGAGGGAUAAAGGGCCUCAUGUCUUGCUCUGAUGAUGACACGACAGCUAGUGAUUUUAUUGAAAACUGGGUGAAAAUUGGUGCACCGGCUAAGGCCAAGGUGAAAGCAGAAAGCCAGCAUCUGGACUUCACAGAUCAGUGCACAAGCCUGGAGAAGGAGGCUGUGAAUGUAUCACUGGGAAAUCUGUUAACAUAUCCGUUUGUUAGAGAUGCUGUAGCUAAGAAAACUGUAUCUGUUAAAGGAGGGCACUAUGAUUUCAUCAACGGAUCUUUUGAGCUCUGGAGUCUUGAUUUUGGCCUUUCACCCCCUCUAACUGUUUGAUAACCUCCAUGUUUAUGUCCGUUCCUUUCGUCUGUAAAAGUCUUCGUUUCUUUUCAUGUUGUACAUGUCCAUUAUGCUGAUCAUUAAAUAAGGUCAUUUUGCUUGUAUAUGACUUGGGCCACGAUGUUUGUAAUGUGAGAAUCUAAUUUCAGUGGUUUUAUUA